GAGAGAGAGAGAGAGAGAGACACACACACACACACAAAGGGUUUUGUGGCUUGGAGUCGGACCAAGAAUAUUUAUCCGAGUCGACUCCGUCGAUUCCUCCUCUGAAUCUCCGACUCGGCCGUUGGAUAAUUUUCAUCGUUUUUGGCGGCCGUGUGGCGUGGUUCUUCCAGAUCUUGUAUUCUGGUUCUCUUCUCUUGCUGAUCUCGUAAUGGCUCAUUCAAUGUAGCAUUUACGCUGCACUGAUUUUUCCUUCUGAUUAUUCCUAUACUGUAUUUUCAUUGUUAUCGGACGCUUGGGGAAAACUUAAAAGUUGGUUUUUAUUGUAUUAAUGAUUUUUUUGGGAUUGGAUUUAGUACUUAUUCUGUCACCUGUGGCUUUGGAGUUUGGGGUCUCCUCGGAAGGGAAGAAGCUCUCCUCCGUCCAUCUGUUCGAUUGAUGUCUCGUGAGUCGGACAGCCCUGUUCAGACACAGAUGGCAUUAGCAAUUUUUAAGAGCCCUUUAGGGACGGAGUACCAUGGGAGCCAGAGAAUGGAAGGGAAACAGCCUGCUGGGAGGAGACGGGUUUUCGUGCAGACGGAGACCGGAUGCGUCUUGGGGAUGGAAUUGGAUCGUGGGGACAAUGCUCAUACCGUCAAGAGGAGAUUGCAGCUUGCUCUUAAUGUACCCACUGAAGAGAGCUCGCUGACAUUUGGGGAUAUGGUGUUGAAGAACGAUCUUAGUGCCGUUCGCAACGACUCCCCUCUUCUUCUUACUCGGAACUUUCUGCACAGAAGCUCUUCCACUCCAUGUCUCUCGCCCACUGGGAAGGAUUUGCAGCAUAGAGAUAAGAGUGGUCCUAUUGAAGUGUUGGGGCAAUCGGAUCACUUUGCUAGAACAAAGGUGUUGGUCAAGGAUAUUGUGAAGGCUAUCAAGAUGGGGGUUGAUCCGAUUCCCGUUCAUGGUGGCCUUGGAGGUGCAUAUUAUUUCAGGAACUGUAAAGGUGAGAGUCUUGCCAUUGUGAAGCCAACAGAUGAAGAACCUUUUGCACCAAAUAACCCAAAAGGCUUCGUUGGCAAAGCUCUUGGGCAACCGGGUCUGAAACCUUCUGUUCGGGUCGGGGAAACAGGGUUCAGAGAAGUUGCAGCCUACCUUCUCGAUGAAGGCCACUUUGCAAAUGUGCCCCCCACUGCCCUGGUGAAGAUCACUCAUUCGAUCUUUAAUGUGAAUGAUGGGGUAAAUGGGAACAAGCCUCACAUGAAGAAGCUGGUAAGCAAGAUUGCGUCUUUCCAACAGUUCAUACCGCAUGAUUUUGACGCGAGUGAUCAUGGGACCUCAAGCUUUCCGGUUUCUGCUGUGCAUCGUAUAGGGAUAUUAGACAUUAGGAUUUUUAACACAGACAGGCAUGCAGGAAAUCUUUUAGUUAGGAAACUUGAUGGUGUUGGGCGGUUUGGUCAAGUGGAGCUAAUACCAAUUGAUCAUGGUCUUUGCCUUCCUGAAAAUUUGGAGGAUCCAUACUUUGAGUGGAUUCAUUGGCCUCAGGCUUCCAUUCCAUUUACGGAUGAUGAGCUUGAGUACAUAGAAAAGCUUGACCCGCUUAAGGAUUGUGAGAUGCUGCGAAGGGAGCUCCCCAUGAUUCGAGAGGCUUGUCUCAGGGUGUUGGUCCUCUGCACCAUUUUCCUGAAGGAAGCUGCUGCCUAUGGUCUCUGCCUUGCUGAGAUAGGUGAGAUGACGAGUAGGGAAUUCAGGAGUGGUGAAGAGGAACCUAGUGAACUGGAGGUUAUUUGUAUGGAGGCGAGGAGGAUGAUAAAGGAGAGGGAAGUAUUGUCCCCCAAGGCUGAUCUCGAACACGAGGAGUACCAAUUUCCCAUAGACUAUGGGGAAUGGGAGUUGGAUGAAACACCAAAAAUGUCAGCAGAAGAGGACUUUGUGACCAGAACACCGUUUCAUUUUGGAAAUGGGAGUGGACACGGUCGCCCUCAACUGCCCAAGCUUGAAGAAAGAGGAGAAGAGGAAGAGGAAAAUGAUGAAGAAGAGAAAGAGGUGUUUGCAAAUUUCCGUGCUUCUGAGAAGAAGCCAACCAUUUCAAACAUUUCAAUGUCGCUGAAGGACACUAGUUUAGGUGAGAAGAAACAGAAGUUCCCCAAGUUUACGGGAUCAAAACCGGAAAAUGGAUACAUGUUGAACACAUCAGCUGGGCACAGAAGUGCGAAUGAGCAGCUUCCAGCAAGCGUGAGCUUUGUGAAGCUGGCUGACCUGAGUGAGGAUGAAUGGACACUUUUCCUGGAGAAGUUCCAUGAUUUGCUCUACCCAGCAUUCGCAAAACGCAAGUCUGCAAUCCUAGGCCAGAGGCAGAGGCAGAGGCUCGGCACUUCGUGCCAGUUUUGAGUUUGAGGCGCCAAUGUGUGGUAAGUCAGAGACUACUAAAGACGAUGAAUAUAAUUAGUAGGUUUCUGGGGGUUGAGGAUUGAUAAGGUAGGUUUGGUUUAUGCGUCUUCUCCCUGGAAGUAGUGGGGGUUUGACUGUAGGAGGAUGCUGUAAAUAUUCUUGGCAUCAGCUGAGUGAUGAGCCGAGUAGAAUUUGAUGUAUUUCUUCUUUUUACGUUUUGCUUUGAUUUUUUACUUCUUUUUUUCUUUCACUCCUCGCGGAC